AUGCACACUGAUCAACCUCAGCCUGCUCUUCACUCUAAGUCCCUUGAUCCUAGUUCUGGAGUUGCAAACUCUUUGGCUCAGCAUCAUGCUCCUAGUAUUCAACUAGAAGUUGUUCUACCAUUAGCAGCUCCAACACUGUCUACAGAACCUAUUCUUUCUUCUUAUACUAAACUCAUUCCAUGCUUACAAGUGACAGGCACUAACUCUCAACUCAUUGCUCAAGUAGUUCAAGAUCUUAAUAGUCAAUUUGCUCUCAAGAUUUUAGGUGAAGUGAGUUAUUUCUUAGGCUUUGAGGUCUACAGAAAUAAGUUUGUUUUGUUACUCACUCGGUCUAAAUAUGCACAAGAAUUACUAGCAAAAGCAAACAUGUCAAAUUGUGAACCUUGUAGUACUCCAAUGGCACUUGGCACAAAGCUAGUAGCAGAGGAUGGAAAGUAUUUUGAUCAGCCUACCUUAUAUCGCAGCAUCAUUGGAGGUUUGCAAUACUUGACUUUAUCCAGACCUGAUAUAGCCUUCACUAUAAAUAAACUUAGUCAGUUUCUUCAGCAACCUAAAACAUCACAUUGGACAGCUUGUAAUGAGUUCCAAGAUUGGGCAAGUGAUGUUAAUGGAAGGAAGUCCACUAGUGGAUAUGCUAUUUUUCCUAGAGAAAGCCUAGUUCAAUGGAGCUCUAAGAAGCAAAAGGUAGUUUCUCUUUCUUCCAUUGAGAUUGAAUAUCGCUUUUUAAGUCAAGCUACCACUAAGAUGGUGUGGAUCCAGCAUCUAAAGAAUUAG